GUGUGUGAUUGCGCUCAUCAAGACCGAUGCUGUUGGGAAAACGUCCGAGUCAUUUUCCCGUGUAGUUUGAACAUGCUUACCAUGGUUUUAAAUGUUUAUGUAGUUUAUGCAGCUGGUGGAUGUCAAUUUGUAGAAAUCAAAUGAGAUGAUUUUCUUCUUUAAAGUAUGCCUUUUAAGGCUUCUUCGGGCCCCCGUAGUCUAGUUUGACGCGGCGCGGCGGCACGUACGUGAUGUUGCGAAGCUGUCCGGUAGCGCUAUAGCGUGCAGCUGGAUCAGCGAGCAUACGCAAUGUGCUGGCUGGGCGUUGGGACAACUUCCUAAGAUAGUUAGGCCUGUAGACAAACUUGUUAAUUCAUAUCGGAAAUAACCACUUGAAACCUCUGUCCGGAAGUUUAAACCGUGUUGAGUGAUAGCUGGGUUCACGGUAAUUCGACUUUAGCAAUAAAGUACAUCACAGGUCAAGGAGGGAAAAAGAGUUCUCCAGUUAAAAUGGGAGAAGUCCAACACGACGCGGGAGAUUCACCGUACGAGUCGAUAGCAAAGAUCGACACCAGCAAGAAAGAGGUGGUCCUUGGACAUGAAAUAGGGUCGGGGUCAAAGUGCCUGAAGUGUGGCGAUGCCUGCACUGGCCUUGAACUUCAUUUUUGGAGGAGAAUCUGUAAGAUCUGCAAGUGUUCCCCUGAGGACCAUGCUGUCCAGAUAAAGGAGCACGAGACGGUGCGCAAGGUAGGCCGGCUCUUUGACUCCACCAAUUACAAGAAGUACACGGUGGACAAGAUGACCAUUGAGCACACCGAGAUGAUGGCCAAGCCCGAGGCCCCCGUGAUUGGCAACGCCGAGCCUUCCAAGAACAUCACCUUUGAGUGGAUACCACAGGGAGCCACUGAGAAAAUGGUCAAGCGCUACAUGGAGAUGAUCCCCAUUGAGAAUCAGCCUGUGGAGGGCACAGAGGGGGCCCAGCGCCGGGCCCAGCAGAUGCAGAAGCAGCUGCCGGACCAUGACCAGCAGCCCGAGCUGUGCCAGCAGCUCAACACCGAGGAGGCCGAGAGGAUGCUAGACUUUGUCAAGGACUACAAGGAGAAGGCCGUGGGCAUUGGACAGGUGCAGCCUGUGGUCCCCCAUAAGGUACCCCAGCUCCAGAUGCAGAGUUUGUCCCUGGAGGAGUCCGCUCCUGCACCCCAGGGCCACCCAGGGGCACCAGACGGGGUCCAGGGCAUGGAUCAUGAGCCAGAGAAGACCUCCGUAGGGGUGGGGGAAGACACAGUGCCGCCCAAGGCUGUCGGAGAGGCCAAAUGGAAGUGUUGCCGCUGCAACCAGGGCAUGACAGGCGGUGACGUGGCUGUGUUUGCCGAGCGGGCUGGCAACGACAAGUGCUGGCACCCGGGCUGUUUCCGCUGCCGCACCUGCAACGAGCUGCUGGUGGAUCUGAUCUACUUUUACAAGGAUGACGACAUCUUCUGUGGCCGCCACUAUGCCGACCUUCUGAAGCCCCGCUGUGCUGCCUGUGAUGAGCUGAUCUUUUCAGAGAAGUACACUCUUGCCGAGGAGCUGAGCUGGCACAUUGACCACUUCUGCUGCUGGAACUGCGACACUGUCCUGGGGGGCAGGCGCUAUGUGGCCCGGGAGAGUCAUCCCUACUGCUUGCCAUGCUACGACAAGCUGUUUGCAAAGUACUGUGGCACCUGCAAUCAGAAGAUUGAGGCCGACAGCAAGCGGCUGAACCACGAGAACAACUUCUGGCACGCUGACGCUGCCUGCUUCAAGUGCUCCUCCUGCGCCGUCUCACUUGUGGGCCGCUCCUUCCUGCCCAAGGAUCGCAACAUCUUCUGCUCUGUGCAGUGCAAACGAAAGUACUUCAACCAGUGAGGGAAGUAGGCGUGGCAGCUUUUACGCCAGUUGUCUCCAGAGAGCACUGUUUAUAAUUGUUGAUCUUGAUCUGGGGGUUUUAUUUUAUUUUUUAUUUUUUGGGGUAGGUUUGAGGGGAGUUGUGUUUUCAAGUCUUCUUUCCUGUAACAACUCCCCUGCUGCUGACUUCAUGUAUUCCAUAGUGUUUGAAAGUGGGAUGAAUCAAGGGCAAGCUGUUAAAACGUCGGCCUCAGCUUUGGGUUGCAGCAUUGUUACUUGUGGUUCCCAGCUUGCUUAAGUUGGGCUCUUUAUGGGGUACAUUUAGUCACAAGGCCUGUGUGCAACCCUCACCUUUUUUGCCCCAGGGCUUUUUACUUUCCCAAAAUAGCGCUGCACUGUCAUUGCUGGAUGUCAGAAAAUACACAGAGACAAGGCUUUAAGUGGCAUCCUGUUUGCAAAUCUUUGUGCAGUGCAUGCUGUUAUUAUCAGAUAAAAACCUUCCCAGUUAAAGAGUACCGAAGUGUGACGUCAUUGUGAACCAGAAAGUGCAAUGCAAACGAAUGGAGUACGUGCACGUGUUGGUUUGCGCACUGGUUCUCACCUUAAUGCCUUUUACACACAUUAAUUGUGCGUGUGACGUAUUCACUUUGGUACUCUGUAGGUGGCAACAUCUGGGAAGUCAUGUGCCAGCCAUGGAAAUGAAGUGAACAGACUUAUAUUUUGCUCCAUUGUAUCUAGUUACACUGCAAUGCACUUUCUCCUUUCACUUUUGGAAGUAUGCCUCAGACACGUGUGCAUGAGAUCCCCAUUGUAUCGCCCAAACGUGGAGCCCUCAAACUGAUUUAGCCAUUUUGGGCAGCUAGAGACUUCCCUCACUUCUACUUCCAUUCAGAUGGCACAGGAAACUCGACCCCACACAUUUGUUACAGUUUUGAUUUGCAGUCUCUUGCAGGCGCCACAGAGCUGUAUAUUGAGAGAGUUGUGCCAACGUCAAACUUGGGGAACCAAAAUGGCUGUUCAUUAUGUAUGCGGUACAGCAUGCAGCAAUUGUGUGCUAAUUAUCCAUUUGCACCGACGCAUAAUUCACCAUUUUGGUUCCAACAAUUGAGACACUUAUGUCGGAACUCUCUCUAUAAACAGCUCUAACUUGCCAGUACCGGCGGCAAGUUGUCGUAAGCCAGUGACAUGUCAUCCAGGUCCCAAGUCAUGUUGCAAUGUUAUUCAAAUGAAGUGUGACAGAGGUAUUCCUUCGUCAGUGUUCACCCACUUUGAUCAGAUUUGUUAUUUGACCUGACGGGCAGUGUGUCUUUUUUACAUGCUAAUGUUACGGUACUCUAUAUUAUGCAACAAAAAUGGACAAGUAAGCUCAUUAUGUACAUGCUAUAAAGGAGGUCAUUGUUACUAAUGAGUUGUAAAAAGGUUUCCAUUUUUUCAUUUUGUAGUACAUGUAUUCUGCAGUUCUCUGUAUGUGUGUGUGAACAAGUCAGUCAUAGUUUAUAGUGUGCCUUCAUUGAAACCUGCUCAUUCAUGCUAGUCACUUGCCAUGUGUUUCCAUUCUUGUCACAGUUGGGGUUGGGGUUUUCACUAUAAUUAUACCAGGCACGAAAUGGGACAGAAGGGUGCCCCCCCCAUAAGUCCAAUCCCUAUACACGCUCUAGACUAUUGUU